UCAGAGCCAGGCCCCAGAUCUAGGUCUCCUGAUACCAGAUCCCAUGUGCUUCCAUUUCAGACUGCCUGCAAGCGAUGGCCAUGCUCCUGGCCGCACAUCCAGGGUCCUGAGGUUGCAGGUGUGGAUGACUGUACACAGGGAAGAACACUGCGCUGGCUGCACUUCCAGUGAUGCCACCAGUGCUCCUGGCUCCCACCAGCUCUGCCCAGAAGUGCCUCUCAGAGGCAGGAAUCGAUGAAAUUUGUCAAGCCGAUGCGUGGGUUUGCUAGAAUUGGCCUUAGAAUUAAAACCCCUCAUGUGGCCUUUUCAGAUAUGCAUUUGAGACAGAGUGAAAUGUAGAGGCUGAAAUGCCUGGAAGAUUUCUUGUUUCUGUCACCACUUUUCCUGGCUUUUAACUCUGCCUGAUUUGAAUGAUGUGAUAUUCAGAGGGACACCUUCACUGAAGUCGUUCUCCAAAAAGACACAUCUGCCCAAAGAUUGUAUAUAUAAUCCAAGAUGGCUAAUCAGCCACCAGAAGACGCUGCAGAGUCUCAGGUCUCUGACGAGCUCGAAUGUAAGAUCUGCUAUAAUCGAUACAAUCUGAAACAGAGGAAACCAAAAGUGCUGGAAUGUUGUCACAGGGUUUGUGCCAAAUGCCUCUAUAAGAUCAUAGACUUUGGGGACUCCCCCCAAGGCGUCAUCGUCUGUCCCUUCUGUAGGUUUGAGACAUGCCUGCCAGAUGAUGAAGUUAGUAGCCUGCCCGAUGACAACAACAUCCUCGUGAACUUGACUUGUGGGAGCAAAGGCAAGAAGUGCCUGCCAGAAAACGCCACUGAGCUGCUGCUGACCCCUAAGAGGCUGGCCUCUCUUGUCAGUCCUUCUCACACUUCCUCCAACUGUCUGGUUAUAACCAUCAUGGAGGUGCAGAGAGAAAGCUCCCCAUCUCUGAGCUCCACUCCUGUGGUAGAAUUUUAUAGGCCUGCAAGUUUUGACCCUGUUACCACCGUGUCACACAACUGGACUGUGUGGAACUGUACUUCCCUGCUGUUUCAGACAUCCAUCCGGGUGUUGGUUUGGUUGCUAGGUUUGCUCUACUUCAGCUCCUUACCCUUAGGGAUCUACCUGCUGGUCUCUAAGAAGGUCACCCUUGGGGUCAUCUUUGUUAGCCUCGUCCCUUCGAGCCUGGUUAUUCUGAUGGUGUAUGGUUUUUGCCAGUGUGUGUGUCAUGAAUUUCUAGACUGUAUGGCACCUUCUUAAUUGAUACUGCAAACUAAGAAAUUUGACACACAUUGCAAUGUUUCAAAUUAGGUAAUUUAUCACAGAUUUUAUAUUCUCUAUGCUUAGACAUAUUGGCCAUAUGUCUGUGGUCCAUUUUUCCAUCAAAUGUUGACACAGUGAGUUUUCAUGUGUGCUGGAAGUACAAAUGUUUAUUUCUAUUUAGGUGUUAGCAGAGAAGCAAAAAUAUGUAAGCUAAGCCUUCAUGGAGCUCUUUGCAUGAGUCUUCCCAGAGAAUGGUCAGGAUUUCACUCAGCCCUGCUAGGUGGACCCUGAGGGGCUGGGCAGAAGUGUUAGCCUGCAGUGGAGUCUUCAUGGAAGGUUAGGAAUGACCUGAUUCCUCUUCUCAUCAUCGUUGAUAAUCUAUGAUGCAGGGUGAACGCAAGAGGAGAGCUGUUCCAAGACACAUCCACUAGAAAAGGGAGCACCCCCCACAGCUCUGUUGUUGGGGCUCCCCGCGUUCCCCUCAGCGGUUUCUCUUAGAAGUAAUGCUGCUCUGUGUGGGCUGCUACUUGACUUGAGGUGCUUGUUUCCUUUGCACGUGCUCCCUUGUCAAGAGGAAGCUGGGUGGGCCUCAUUCCCUUGUGUGGUUUUAGUCAAAUAUCUGUCUGCCACAAUAUACUAAAGAGAACUAAAAACAUUAAGUCAUUUGCAUGAAAGGAAACUUCAUGACAGUAUGGCCACUUGUCUUUGAGACGCAGCCUUUCCCCAUAUUUAUUUCCUCUCUCCUCUACUCUCUGAAAUUCUCACAGAGCAGUUAUAGUUCAUGGAAAUCUUCAUUUGCAUCUUUCCUUAAAACGUUUCAGUUUAGUUUUUUGUUUUAAACUACAUGGUUCACUUAGCCCCACCCCUUAUCCUGAGAGGGCUUCAUUUAAAUUAGUUGCUAUAAGUUUAUGAAGGUUUUGUUUUUUUUCCAUUGUAAAGUAUAUUGACUAAUUUAACUUAAUCCUAUAACAAUUUGGGGGUAAAUUGUGAUAGUGGAAACCCAGAAAGAAUGAAUGAGAUGUUCUGGUUCACAGUGUGACGUGCUGAGAGCCUAAAUAUUUUGCUGUGCUCUACUGAGUUAGCCAAAGUGUAAGGCUUAGGUUUGCGUGCCAGGCUAUUGCAACAGGCCAGGCAAAAAGAUGAGCAAGAAGCAGACAAGGCUGGUGCCCUACUGGAAACGACCCUUCCAGGAAGUGAAGUGAAGGUGGCGGAGUCAGUUUUAGAACAGAUUCAAGCUCUUACACAAUUUAUUUCAAGUAAAAUAUAAGCUAUGUGACUUCAGUGAAUGAACUUCUUUCAAGAUGUAGGGGAAGUUGAAUGUACAUAUUUAUGAAAAGAAAUUGUUCAGCAUAUUUUAGGUUUGAAGGAAUAGAAUUUCCACAGAAACUAGACAACAAAAAGCUUUUUAAUCUCUAAAAACCAUUACUGAUGAUUAACAUUAAAAUAUUUAUAACUCUUAGAAAGGGGCAUUACUAAGACAACUUUAGCUUAUUUGUGAUGAAACAUUUGUUGCGUGAUAUAGUUACAGUGGACCAGUUCCAAACCCCUUAUUCAGGAAACAUUGACACUUAUUUCUAGAAUAGUAGUUUGAUUUCAAUGAUAUAACUAUUAACUUUGAGACUAUGUAUGCCCAAGGUAAGUAUGACAGCAAAGUGUAUGUGGGAUAUGGUCCAAUGAAUUUCAGAUCCAGCUAAAUACACUUACGAUUUAAUAAACUCUACUUUUAGAUGGCAUUGUGAAUGCAAAUUCCAGAAGUCCAUUUGUACUUAGAGUAAAUACAUGGUUAGGAGAUGUUUUGUGGUUUGGAUUUAUAUAUUUAUAAGGUUUUUUAAAUGUUCAUUUUGUAUGAACAAAAAUGAUGUUAAAUUUGAUAUUAGAAAUGUAACAUUAAAUAAAUAGGUGAGUUGUCUGAUGAGAUUUCUAGAAAGCUCUGGACAUGGGUACUAUGUGUUGCUUAUUUGUAUAAUGUCUGCAGUUUUAAACUGUAUCCCUCUGUGCAUUGUGAUAGCCUUUUUUUUUUAGUUGCUAGUAAGUUGAGUUGGUUGUAAAAAGUUUUUAAAUGUAUGACAACAAAAAACUCAUUAUGCUGUUGAAUGAAAAAAGGAGAAUGCUUCAAUAUUUUCUUCACUGUGAUGUUUUGUUUGUCCAUUAAAUUGUUAUUACUUACAAA